AUGGGGAGCCUUGAGCCCUUCGCCUUCUGGAUUCGAUACUCUCCACUUGACACAGUAUAUCUCCCCACACUCAGACCACACGCCCGAAUACCCCCGCCUCCGGAAACCGGUGGAUCGAAAAACCCCAAAAUGUCCGAAAAUGGCAGCCCGGUCCAGGAGAAGCCAGAGAAGCCGGAAGCCCUGAACAUCAAGGUGAGGGACCAAGACGGCAACGAGAUGGUCUUCAGGAUCAAAGGCCACACGCGGAUGCAGAAAGUCAUCGACGCCUAUUGCAAGGCCGGCGGUAUCGACCCGCACUCUCGCCGGUUUACCAUCGAGGGUCAUCGGAUUCAGAAUCAAGAUACGCCCACGUCGUUGGAGAUGGAAGAUGAGGAUAUUGUGGAAGUCUUCGUGGAGCAGCAGGGAGGUGUUCUUUUGCGGUGA